AUGGCCUCCGGACUGAUCUUCGAUCCCCUCCAGCUACUCCGCGUCGCGCCAUUAGCCACCAGCACAGGCAGCCUCGUGCAUGCCCUGGUCGAGCUAUUCUCCAACUCAGCCUUCGUCCAACCGUCUAUCCGGAAAUCCUCCGACGCUGUCCUGCCAAAAUGGUACACGUACAUCUUCAAUCGCCAGAUCGUCUCCGUGCUUGCACUUAAUCUAGCCACCAUCUCCACCGGUGUAUCGAAUAUUCUACUGAGUCGGUCACGCAGUGCCCUGCCCCUGUCGCGCACAACGUUCUACUGGGCCGGCGUUGCGGGUGCCGUGGCGCAUCUCUUCUUCGUGCCGUUUGUGGCGCCUCGGAUCCAACGUAUAGUCGAGGACAGCAACGAGAAUGGAGCAACAGUGGAGAUGGAAGAAUGGCUGGGAUUUCAUCGCAUUAGGAUGUUAGUUGCAGAUCUACCAGCGUGGUUGGCAUUUGCAGGAGCUGUCAUGGUGGUAUGA